CGCGGAAAUGGCGCGUCCGUCAUCUGCUCGGCCGUCAUCAGCCUGUAGAUCUAACUCACUAUCAGUUGUACCCAAGCUUAAAGACUUUGUUUUUACUGAAAAACUUGGAAGUGGGACAUACGCUACUGUGUAUAAAGCAUACAAGAAGUCUGGAUCCAGAGAGGUGGCUGCAAUAAAGUGUGUACUAAAAAGCAGUUUGAAUAAAGCAUCAACAGAAAAUCUUCUCACGGAGAUAGCUCUUCUAAAAAAACUAAAACAUGAAAACAUUGUUGAACUUAAGGACUUCCAGUGGGAUGACACGUAUAUCUACCUCAUUAUGGAGUACUGUAGUGGUGGAGACCUCUCACAUUUUAUACGCAGUAAGAGAAUGCUACCAGAACACAUUGUCAGAAAAUUUCUACGUCAUAUAGUUUCAGCAAUGAAGUUUCUCCGAGACAACAGUGUAGCACAUAUGGAUCUCAAACCACAAAAUAUUCUAUGCUCUUCAUCAACAGACCCUGUCCUCAAAAUUGCCGAUUUUGGUUUUGCUAAGCACUUGUACCAAGAUGAUAAGCUACAUGCAUUAAGGGGCAGUCCCCUAUAUAUGGCACCAGAGAUUAUAUGCAGAGGACGAUAUGAUGCUAGGGUAGAUCUCUGGUCUAUAGGUGUUAUAUUAUAUGAAUGUUUGUUUGGAAGGGCACCUUAUGCCUCAAAGUCAUUCAAAGAAUUGGAGGAGAAAAUCUGGGAUCCUAAACCUGUAGAGUUACCAUAUGGUGUAGAGAUAUCAGAUGAAUGUAGAGAUUUGUUGUUGAGAUUACUAAAGCGAAAACCAGAUGAGCGGAUCUCAUUUGAAGAAUUCUUUGAACAUUCAUUCCUUGAUCUUGAACACGCACCAUCAGAAAAAUGUCUUCCUAAAGCAACACAGCUAGUCACAGAAGCUGUUGAGCUGGACUCAAAGGGAGACUACCCUGGUGCUAUAAAACUGUACUGUGAAGCUGUAAGCUUUUUUCUGCCAGCAAUAAAAUACGAGAAAGACUCAAAAAAGAAAGAGGCACUGAGGAAAAGGACAAAAGAUUACAUAAAUAGAGCGGAGGAAUUAAAGACACAAUUAAAACCUCAUCGUGAUCCUGGUAAUACAUUACAAAGAUCUACGUCUAGAAAUAACGAGGAAGAACUAGUUAAUCUAUACACAGGUUGUGAUGAAAUGGUAGCUGCUGUAAAACUAGUCAAUGCAGCUGUCAUUGAGGAAGACAAGGAAGAAUUUGAGCUGGCAUUAAAACAUUAUGAACUAGCUCUAGGUACAGCAAUCAAAUAUCUUAAAUCUGAAGGAAAAGGAAGGAAGAAAGAUUUACUACGAGAGUGUUGUGAUAAAUGGAUGAACCAUGCUGAACGUAUCAAGUCAUACCUGGCUGUUAGACAAUGUGGUAGUGUCGAGGAGAAACAAGAAGAAGAAGAUGAAAACGAACAAAGCUUUCUUAAAACAGUGCCAUGUCGAGUUCAGUAAGAUGUUAGAAAGACGACUACAGAAGUAACCUGUGAAAGACACCUUGUGCAGAAUGGAAAAAUGGGUCCUCUCAGGAAUUUAUGUGUAUUUGAAUAAUUGUGUGUAGAAACGUGAUGAAGGAGAACAUAUGUAUGUUACUGGGGUUUGUUUUGGCGCAGGACUUAUCCCAGAAAUGAAAUGGAAAUAAGGCAAAGAGCUUUAAUAUAAUGAGGGGAUUACAAAAUCACAUAUAAAUCACCAUGCUUGUAUAUGUUAAUGCAAGAUAGAAUCUUUUAAACUGAUUUCGUCUUGUGUACUUAUUUGUUUAAAAAAUUUUAUGAGUUAUUGUUGUCAUCGCAUUAUUUAACUUUUAUUUGUUAUGUGAAUUUGUUAUUAUAUCUUUUUAAAAGAAAUAUUCCUUAUCUGUUUUAUUGUAUUGAUAGAUUCAAGUUCUUUAUGUGUUGUACUAACAUUUUUGAUAAAUAUCUAGCAAGAUUGGUUUUAGAGUAAUAUAUUAAAUUUUUCUGAUAUUUUUUUUUAUAAACUUUGUUUGAACUAUAACCUUUGAAUGCCAUGAGGAUUUUCAGCUGAUAAUUGCUAGUUAAAUUACAUGAUAAUAUUCACAAAGAUCAAUAAUAUUUGUGGUCAGAAUUUAAACACUGACAUUAGAUAAAUGCAUGUUUUGAAAUUUUGUUUUAAAUGUGUUUUGGAAAAACAAGCAUAGUAACAGUUUCUUGUAAACAGCUAUAAAAUUAUCAUCACUUGAUUGCUGUAACUCUAUAGCCCUUCAAUUUAAAUAACAAACUUGUUUUGCUAUGUGUAGGAACUGAAGUGAUUCUGUUUACAAAAUUAUAAAGUUGAGUACUAACAGUUAAAGAGCCUGGUCUAACUGACUAUUCUGGUGCCAUAUGUAGGUCAUUAUCUCUGCUAACAUUAGUAAACUUCUUCUCACUAGUAUCUGGAUAAAAAUGUAGAUAUAUCCAAUCUUUCAUUACUGUUUUCCUACAUUGUCCAAUUUUUCUUGUUACAUCAUCAUUUAAUAUUGUAUUGCCCUAUACUUUGUUGGUAUAUUUUUAAAAUUGUAGGCUUUUUUGCAUUGUUUACAUUUUGUGUGCCUUUAAAGCUGCAUGGCUCCAGAUAAGCCAAACUAUUCCAAGGAAAUCAAACUUGAGAAAUAUGUACUAAGAUUUUAAAAAAAGGUUCAAGAUUCAAGUAUUAAUUAUUAACGUCUGAUUCUGCAGUAUUUUAUUACCACAAUUCUACCACAUGACUAACACAGUAAAGGCUAUUUUUGUAUAUAUUGACCUCUUUUUGGUAAUUAACGUGGAUUGUAGGAGCUGUUUUCAAUUUGUUAUAAGUCCCCUACUGGUUUAACCAGAGGGUACUAUAGGUUUACCUUCUGUCCGUCUGUCCAUCCAUCAGUCAGUCCGUCCACAAAACUGGAUCCCGUGAUAACGCAAAAUAUACUGAAAAUAUUUGUAUGAAGCUUGAUAUAUGGAUAGAUGGCAGUCUGGAAAUUAUGCAUAUCUUUUUCUUUUCUUCCUAUGUUGAAAACUCUGGUUGCUAUGCCAACAAAUAGACUGAAAAUAUUGCUAAUUUAGUGCAUAAACUGGAUCCAGUGAUAGUGCAAAAAGUACUGAAAAUAUUUUUAUGAAACUUAAAAUAUUGGUAGAUGGCAGUCUGGAGAUUAUACACAUCACUUUAAUCUUUACUAUAGGAAGUAUAUUGAGAGCUGUCCUACUCACCAAGAGUUGGCGACCUCGUUGAUGUUUCUGAUUCAAGUUUUUACGCUUUUUUUCACUAUAUGUUCCUUAUUUCUUAAGGUAUUUACUUCAAAUGUAAAUAUAUAUAUUUCUGAUUAUCAACCUCAUCAAAUGUUAUAUGACAAGAUUUACAACAUAAAUGAUCAGAAUUACCCCCCUUGAACUUAUAAUUUUCAUUAAAAAAAGAAGAGUUUUUUUAUAACUUCUUUAUUUCUUAAUAAAAUUUCUUUAUACAAACUAAAAUUAGAACACUCCGAUAAUCUAAAUGGAUGUUAAUGUAAACAAAAUUAACUUUGAUCCAUUACGUACGUGUUUGACAUUUCUUCAGUAUUUUUAAACUUCUCCGUUGUAUUUCCUUGUCUUUAACACGAAAAACCUAAUAAGUGAAACAUUUUUCUGUUGUGCAUUUUUCAUUUGAUAUAAACAAAUUACAUCUAAUUGUAACAAUUAAUUUAAUUGCUGAUCAAGUUCAAGGUCAAUUCAAUGCAGUCUAAAUAUCAACAGCGAAGCGUAUACACCAUUUCAGUAGGGGCAGAGCGUUGCAUAAAUUCAUAGGUCCAUUAAUACACCAGUUUUUAAACAUGUUAAAUCUUCUGUAACUAAAGGUUCAUUUAUGGAUAAAAAUGUUUUGUUAUCUGAUUUAACCUUUUUAAAGAAAAAUGUUUCACAGCAUAUGAUUUCUACAAGCCAGGGCUUGCCUUAAACAUUCCUGUCUUUGUGUUUUAAUCAAGCAUGUCAUCUCUUUAUAUCAGCUAUGUUUGAAAAUAAAGUUUUAAAUGAGUCAUGAAUCUCCAGAGUACUGCAUAAUGAUUUACUGUAGGUCUUAUUUAAUAAUGUUAAAGUUUCAAGCAGGGGAAAGAUUUUCAUUUUGUUGGUUAUUAUGUCAUGUUAUUUAGCUGGUCUAUUAAACAAUAUUGUUACAAGGUCAUCUUUGUCAUUGUUAUUGUAGAAUUUUAUUUAUGCUUUUACUUUUGAAUUGAUAAAUACAUUCAUGUAAUGAUCACCAUUUUGUGCUGUCAAAUAAAAUAUGACAAACAUUUUUUCUAUAUUUAAAUAUCAAAAAAGAAAUGCCAGUCUCCCUUAUACAUUAUAUACAUAAACACUGUAAUAUUUUGCUACAAAAAUGCAGCUGUUGAUUUUUGUUUUUACAGCAAAAACUUGCAGAUGUUGGCGACUGUCUUACUACAAAUCCAGAGUCGAGAAACUUUGAUCUCCUGUUAAUUAUGAAACUAAGGCCACAUUUAUAAUAAUAAUAAUAAUAAUAAUAAAAGAUUUUAUUUAAAGAGGCAAUACUGUUGGGUGUGCCCAGUUUUCCCUAUGAGCCUCUUUAAUAAGAGUGAGGCCCGUUUAAUGAAAAACUGAGGUCCUGUUUAUCUUAAAAGCAAUGGCCUGUUAAUUAUAAAACUGAGUACCUGUUUAUAAUAAACUGAGUUCAUAAUUGAGCCAUGCCAUGACAAAACCAACAUAAUGCGUUUGCGACCAGCAUUGAUCCAGACCAGCCUGCGCUUGGUUUUGUCAUGGCACAGCUCAAGUAUUUAUCAUAGAACAAAGGUUCUGUUUAUUAGAAACCUGAGGUAAUUUACUGCAAAAACAAGUUAAGAGCUGUAUUUAAUGAAUCCUCAUUCACCAAGUUUAGCAGACCAAAGUUCAUUUUCACCAUCAGGGAAGUCGGGGAGAACUGUGCUCAUUAUUAGGCAUUCAUUUGCUUUUGUAUUGAUGUCUCAAAUAAUUGUUUGUUGUUUCCUUUGUUUUGAACUUUUGAACCACCUUUUUUUACCAGCAUGAAAUUUUAUUUUGAAAUAUUUUAGAACUAAAGUUUGAUAUGUGUACCUUAGAGAAGAAACUGUUAAAUUACGAGUAACCAGUAGGUAACGAGGAUAGUGAAAUCAUCUAAACAAGGGAAUAUUACAUGUUAUGUUCUAUGUAUGCUUCACUUAUUUUGAUUUCAGUGAAACUGUGAUAUUUUAAACUAUUUAUAUUUUGUUUAUUCAUUGUUUAUCUAUAUCAAAAGUAAUAAAUGUAUGUUACAAGGUUAAAUUGAUGCUAUGUUUUGUUGCCUGUAUGAUUGUGAACUAGAAAAAAACAAACAAUAUUUACAUGAUAUUGGAUGUAUUUUGAAAGUUAUUAUUUGGUGUUUUUUUUAUUAAAAUAUUUUAAAUAUUUC